AAAGUUUGUAGAGAAGGGAAAUGUGAAGAUCGCGGAGGCAGAAAGAUAGGUUAUCUUUUGAUUAUACUGGUAGUUGGUCAGUGAAUAUCUGUGACACGAACACACUUCUCCCGUUAACUUUCAUCCCCUCUCUCUGUAUUAUCUGUUUCUCUGUCUCAUUCCAUUCUUUUUUUCUGUAUUAUCUUCUAAUUGUUACACUUCUAGAAGAGAGAAAAGAGAAUCAAAAGAGAAACUGUCCGAACAGUGAGCAUUCAACGAGUCAGUCUCAGUGUAUGUUUCUUGUUUGAACGAGCGAGUGCUUUUUUUCUUAUUAUGAUUUACAUGUAUACGGUGUUAUCUCUCCUGGCAAUAAUAAAUUAUCAAUCCGAUAAAUAGGUAUAUUUUAUUCUUUCAAUUUUCGUGACAUAAUUACGCGUGUGUUCCUCUUUCACAAUUUAUGUAUAGAUUAGAUAUAAUUAAGAUAAAUUGUGUUAAUUCCAAAAAAAGAAGAAGUCAAUAGUUUGUGAUAGUUUGUUACCCAACCCUCACAGUGACUAAUGCUUUUUUGUUAAAUAACUGUUCUUUUCGAAAUUUUCAAUUUAUCCCUGUGUUAUAUGAUAAAUUAAACUCAAAAUCCUAAUCUAAAAUAGUAAAUUGCGUUAGGAAAAAAAUAAAUUCUCUUCGUUUUUAUUGAGAUUUUAACAGUUCGAAAAUGCAGUAAUACAGAUUCAAUUGGCAAUUUAGUUCUAUUUUCAAUUUACAAAUACAAUAAAUAAUGAAAGUAUAAUUUUUUCCCCACAAGGAAUGUAUUUAAUUUGAAAAUCGAAAAAGUGAUCAGAAUGCAAGAAUUGGAAAGACUUGAUAAAACAAAGAUGAUCUUGUACUUAUAUUACUAAAAAGGAUAUUUUGAUAUCCUUAUUGAUGUGAUUUAAAAAGGGAAGGGAAAUUAGAGGAAAAAGAAGAAAGUGAUAAGAGUAUUAUUCGAAACGAGAAAAAUAUGACGGAGGAAACAGGAUCAAUCCAUUCGGUAUGCCGGGAGAAGCCAACACAUUUUCUCAAGAUUCCUCUCAAAUCAACGGAACAGAUUUAUUUAAUUUUUUUAAUUCCAACAUUGUUGAGUUGCAUUCUAUAUGUGGUGAAUUUUUCCGCGGAUUUGGUGGUGGCUAUACAACAUUUUCGUGAAGGUAAUCCAAUAUGGGGAUGCUGUACAAUUGCAGUGAUUUAUUUACCUGCAUUAGUGUACUUUAUAUUGACCGUAACAAGACCCGAUUGGUGGAUGACCGACGAUGAUAAAGUAACGAAAGGUGCUUUUGCUUGGUUUGCACUUCAAUUGUGCCAUUUAAUUGCCUUCCCACUCUUUGCACUUUACAGAUAUGCCGGACUGAUAGUUUUAAUCGUCGAUGCCAUCAUGCUUUCUGGAAUCGAGAGGAAAAAAACUUUAAAUUUGGCAGCCGCACCAGCUGCCAUGGAACUGUAUUUUUUUCUUCAAGCCUGGUUCCAAGCUGCACCGCAAGCAGUCCUUCAAACACAUUUACUCUUCAGAGAAAGAGCAAUUGCACGAUCUCAACAAUCUGAGACUGUUCAAAUUCUCUGCAUUCUCGUUUCCAUUGGAGUAAUGGCUAUGAAAACAAUGUCUUUCCAAAGAUAUGAGAGCCAACGUGUGAAUGGCAGAAAAUUACCUUGGGCAUUGUGGCUAAAAAAAUACAGAAUUCAAGAAUUAAACAGUUUCGAGGAAAAAGCUCCAUUACACGCAGCAUCGCCUUCAUCUGUAACCAAAGAGUUGAAUCCAUCUAUCGCUGAAAAUUCAACGCAAUCAAACGAUGAAAAUUCAAAUAGAAGAUCAGAAUCGCGUGUUGUAUUGGAGAGACAAAUUUCAACGACACCACCGCUUCCGCCAAAAAAUGCGCCCCUAAUUCCGCCACCGACACCAUUGCGAAGAAUAACAUCGUUCACGCCAAUUCCAGUACCCGAUAUGCCAGCCCCACCGCGGCCUGAUUCACUUGUUCAGGAAUCGUCAGAGUCAACAGUAAUGAGAGCACAAGAAUUGGAUGAGAAGCCAUCCGAACGUCUCUCAACAUUAAUUAUACCAAAACGAAUUCAAUCGACGAAGGGUCUUGAUGAAGAUGACGCUGUGGGGAAAUGCGUCUCAUGUUUAUGGUGGUUCCUCUUCAUAUUACCUCGAGUCAUUUCAAUAGCAAUAUUCUUCGAAUCAUUUCCAUUCUAUUUAUUGGGCUUUUUAUCCCUUCACUAUGCACUGAUGCUCGCCUAUUUAUUUUAUUACGCAAAAUAUCAAGAUGCAACGACAAUAUUCGUCAAUUUAUGGUUGGGAUUAGUUUAUAUUUUCAGUAUGAUCGAGUAUAGAAUUAAAUUUAAAUACGCCGACAAAUGGAUAGCGUCAUAUUGUACAUUUGUCAUGCUACAGAAUGCAGCUUUGACAAUUGUUUGGUUCUAUUAUGGCGAGUGGACUGGUUUUUGGUAUACGUACGCAUUUUCACUAACAUUCAUCAGUAUGGGUCUUUGUAUUUCGUCCUCGGUUGUCUAUCACACUUUACUUAAGCCCGGAAAACGAAGAGUGUACGCUAGUUAAAUAAAAAAAAUAAGUGUACACCAAAGAGAGAAAAAUAAUUCUGAAAAUCCGAAUUAAACACUUGACACUCAUUUUUUGAAAAAAGAAAUACUUAAUGGCAAACAAAUUAAUUGUACCCAAGUGCAAUAUAUUUUUAAUUCAGAAAUGAAUUUUCUAAAAUAGUCAAGUAUUUAAAUAAUUUCAGAAGUGAUUUUUCGGUGUAUUUUGUGAAACGUGAAUAUUUCAAAAAAAAGAACGAUUUAAAUGAAUGUCUGAUUUUUCUGUGUAGUUUUUGAUACUGUAAGAAAUGACUGAAUGGAAUAAGUGUUAAAUAUAAAAAAUAUUAACUGCAAUCAAGAGGAAAAAUUGCCAAAAAGGAAUUAAAAUUAUUUUGUAGUAAUUAAAUCUACAAAAAAAAAAAUGAGAAAAUGAACGAAAUUAAAAAAUCUCGGUUAUAAAAU